UAUUAGAUCUCAUUUACCUCGUCUGAUCUCAUAUCAUCUGAUUUCAACUCAUCUUUCCAUCUCGAAGGUCACAGGGUAAUUUUAUUCACCCAGUUAGUGCAGAAGACAUCUGAUUCAACUAUCAGAGAAUGAAUUCUACUGCUUUACAGCUGAGCACCACUGCACGGUCUCCAUGGACAAGUAUGGUAACCAACAGUACCUCAUACCUGGAUACUUUAAAAUCUACCAGUUUGAAUGGAGCAAAUAAUGAUGAGCCAAAAACCUCUCCCUUAUACAGCUAUGAGGACUAUGGAAAUCUUGAUCCAUCUGUGUUAUCCUGUGAUUAUGGAGGUCAUGCAUCCAGCAUCCUACCUGUGCUAUACUCUCUGUUCUUCGUGAUGGGUCUGCUGGGUAACCUGCUGGUGUUAUGGGUGAUGUUGAUGGGUGUAAAGCUGAAAAUCAUGACUGACAUCUGUCUCCUGAACCUGGCUUUAGCUGAUCUCCUGCUGGUCACCUCUCUCCCAUUCCUGGCUCACUAUGCCAGAGAUCAGUGGGUCUUUGGACGCCCCAUGUGCACCAUGGUUUUAGGCGUCUAUCACAUUGGAUUCUACAGUGGGAUUUUCUUCAUUGUAAUGAUGAGUGUUGACAGAUAUUUAGCUGUGGUUCAUGCUGUGUUCGCACUGAAAGUCAGAACAAAGACAUAUGGGAUCUUAGCCAGUGUGGUCAUCUGGAUCAUUGCUGUUGCAGCAUCGUUUCCUGAGCUUAUUUACCUUGAAAUCAGUAAACACAAUAAUAAAACAUACUGUCAGACUUAUCCAACAGAUGAUCACACCUCUCACCAUUAUGCAAACACUGUUGGUAUCAUUAAGAUGAAUGUUUUAGGAUUAAUUAUUCCACUGUGUGUAAUUGGAUUUUGUUACUCAAUGAUUCUCCGCAAACUCUUAACAGUUCGCUCUUCCAGGAAACAGGCCAUGAGACUUGUCGUUGUAGUGAUGGUUGUCUUCUUCUGCUGUUGGGCUCCAUAUAAUAUUGCAGCUUUUGUGAAAGCAUUGGAGCUAAAUAAACUCAUAGAGCCAUCCUGUGAAAAAAGCAAAGCAAUCACUCUUAGUCUUCAGAUCACAGAAGCUCUGGCUUACUCACACAGCUGCUUGAAUCCCAUUCUCUAUGUGUUUGUUGGAGAGAGAUUUAGGAGGCACCUUUUCAGACUCCUGAACAAAACACCCAUCAGCAGAUUACAGUUCAUGAAGAGAUACCUUACACAGGCUACAGGAUCUGUUUAUUCACAGACAACCAGUGUUGAUGAGAGACAUACUACAGCAGUGUAAAAGAAGAUAUUGGGCCAGAUUUACUAACAGCUUGCACCAGCGCAAACCAUCAUUUUGGCAUUAAAUAACGACUGUCGGGAUUUACUAAAGACACGCAGUGGGUUAGAGCUGAAAAGGUGUGGUCUAGAUAUUUUUGUGACUGAUCUUAUUGUUUAUGUAUUUCUAGGAGUUUCCCUUUCAGACGCAAAAUUUACUGGAGGAGAGUAUUAAAAUGAUCCACGCCACGCGACUAGACAACUAGUAGUAGUAACUCAGAAAAAAGCAGGUCUUGAAUUACUUUGUGCUUGAAAUGGCUGCAAUUGUUGCUAAAAGGAGAGGCAUCACAGAGCGUGUGGUACAUAGAUUUUUUUAACAUGUAGCCGUUUAUUUGGAAUACCAGAGGAACAUAUUAAUCAAAAAUAUUGUUUGCCAAGCCAUGUUAUUUUUUGUUUGCUGUAGGAAAUAA